AUGAAUGAGGAAAUUGCUGAAAAGCUUGACAUAGGAAUUGUUGUUUCUUCAAACACCUAUUGCAUUGUAGAUUUGGGAUGCUCAGCUGGACCUUAUACAUUUGCAGCAGUGAAUAACAUAAUUAAAGCUGUGAAAUCAAAGCAAAGACCUUACUUCCCAAAUCCCAAAAUUUCAAGUGUUACUUUGAUGAUCAUGAGAGAGUUGUAUAAUAAAACUACAUUGCGUGAGGAAACAGCAAAAGAAAGCAGGGAAUUGUCUGAAGCAUAUCCGAUGGCAGGUGGAGACGGUCUCCAUAGCUAUGCCAACAAUUCCUCUCUUCAGAGAGAGGCUUUAGAUCUUGCCAAAGUGAUUAUGAUGAAGGAAAUUGCAGAGAAGCUAGAGACAGAAACUGUUGUUUGUUCAAACACAUUUUGCAUUGCAGAUUUGGGUUGCUCUGUUGGGCCUAAUACAUUUGCAGCAGUUGAAAAAAUAAUUGAGGGUGUGAAAUUGAAGUAUGAAAGCCUAGGCCUCGUUUCCGAAAUCCCAGAAUUUCAAGUCUUCUUUAACGAUCAUGUCACGAAUGAUUUCAAUUUGCUCUUUACGUCCCUCCCUCAGGACAAACCCUACUAUGCAGCAGGGGUGCCCGGCUCUUUCUAUGGUCGCUUAUUUCCUGAGGCUUCUAUUCACUUUUUUCACUCUUCUACUUCCCUGCAAUGGCUUUCUAGAGUACCAAAAGAGGUAGUGAACAAAACAUCUCCUGCUUGGAAUAAAGGACGGAUUCAUUACUCUAAUUCCAGAGUUGAAGUGAUUCAGGCUUAUAAAGCACAAUUUGAUGAAGACAUGGAGCGGUUCCUGCAAGCUCGGGCACUUGAGAUAGUCUAUGGAGGACUAAUGGUGCUAAUCAUUCCUGGCAUCCCCAAUGGAGCUUCUCAUUCUCAAUCCCUUGAAAAUAUGAUUUAUGACCUUUUAGGAUCUUGCCUCAUGGACAUGGCUCAGAAGGAAAUUAUUCAAGAGGAGAAAGUGGACUCCAUUAACAUACCAGCUUAUUUCACAACUCCACAAGAACUCGAAGCUGCUGUUGAACGAAAUGGUUGUUUUAACAUAGAGAGGACAGAAAUCCUAAGGGAAGCGUGGGGAACUCUUCCGAAUGCCCACCAAGCUGCAUCUCACAUUAGAGCUUGUAUGGGGGGAGUAAUCAAGCAGCAUUUCAAAGAUGAUAUCAUAGACAAGCUCUUUGACUUGUACCACAAGAAACUAGAAGAAACACUACCCUUUGUAUUUGAAUCAGGGAAAAGAAUGGACUUAUUUGUUCUUCUUAAACGCAAACCAAUAAUUUCGCCAUUUUUUCCCUUGAAGUAUUAGUUUAAUAUUCAUAGAAAGUAAACGAUGUGAUUUUCUUUCCA